AAAAAAUAUUUUCAUAUUUGUGAAUUUUCGCUUUCUAAUACAGAAAUUUUAGAAUCAUUCUUCGCUCGCACUUUAGAAACGAUCGACGUUUUGGUUUCAGUCUCGGGGAUAAUAAUAUAAUUAUUUUUAUUUUAAUUAAAUAUUAAAUAUAAUUAAGGAAAAAGAAUUAAUAUAAGGUUUUUUUUAAAUAAUUAUAAAAAAAAAGGAGAAAAAUUUAUACAUAUAUAAAACCGAAAAGUGGAAACCAUUUCAAAGGAAAUAAAAUCAAUAUAGUUAAUUAAAAUUAUUAAUUAAUUAAAAUCGAAAAAUAUAAAAUUUAAGAAAAAAAAGAAGAAAAUUAUUAAUAAAAAAUAAGUGUUUAUGUAACAAGGAAAGAAAAAAUAAAAAAAAAAUUAAAAAAUAAUAAGAAAAAGAAAAUUCUUUUUGGAAAUUCGAUCAUCUCAUAUUUAUUUUUGGAAAUUUUAUGUGCUAAAUAUAACUUCGAGCCUAUAUAGCAAAUAGGUGCCAUAGAAAAUUUUUCUAAAAUAAAAAGAAAAUUUAAUAAUAAUAAUAAAAAAAAGGAAAAGAAUAUCAAAAAGUGAAUUAAUUAAAAUAUAUUUUCUUAAUUAAAAUACUGUGAAAAUUAUUAAAUAAAAAAAAAAUAUAUAAAAAUUAAAUAUUUUUAUUAAUGAAAACGGUUCGGUUACGUUUUUACGAAAUACAUUUGUAAAUUAUAUUCGCUCGGUAAUUUGUUAAUAUUUUAUUUUUAUCGUCAUAUCGUCGAUAUAUAUAUAAAAAGAAAUAAAAAAGAAAUAAAAUAGAAAAAAAAAAAUUUAUUUUAAUUAUAAAAGAGAAAAUAGAAUAAAAUUGGCUAAAAAAUGCAACGACCUACAGAUAAUGUACCCGGGCAGGGUACUAUAUCACAGCAACAGCAACGUCAACAAUUUUCUCAAGAACAAUAUCAACAAAUUCAACAACAACAAUUCACUCAACAACAGAGAAUUAGUCGCACUGAGCAGCGUGUUAGCAGUCAAGUAACAACUCAACAACGAGGUUAUCAAGUGCUUACACCACAACACAUUCAACAACUUCAACAACAAGGUGAUGUCUUGCCACCAAUAUUUGAACAGAUAUUUAAAAAUGCACGUUUUGCGCAAGGUGGAAAUGCCGUUUUUCAAGGUAGGUUACGUGGUAACCCAAAACCUGUAGUAACAUGGACAAGGAAAGGUGCGCCUUUAUUAGAAUCUAGAAAAUAUCAAAUGAGCUAUAAUGAAAUCACGGGCGAAGUUUGUUUAAUUAUCAAUCAAAUAGGCCCUGGUGAUGAAGGAGAAUAUACUUGCACAGCUAGAAAUCAAUAUGGUGAAGCGAUUUGUAGUGUGUAUAUUCAACCAGAGGGAGCUGCAAUCCCUCAAAUAGAGCAUAGACAUCAUGAUCAAUUUAGAUUUACAAAUGGUAGUGCUUUUACUACGGUUGAAGAGGAAUUUCGAGUCGAUACAUUUGAAUAUCGUUUAUUACGUGAAGUAUCUUUUAGACAAUCAAUUACGCAGCGGUCACAUUCAGAAUCCGACUCAAGAUUGAGUAUGGAAUUAGAUAGAACAUUAGGUCCAGCACAAGCACCACAAAUUGCACAAAAACCAAGAAAUUCAAAAUUAGUUGAAAGUUCUGAUGCAGUAUUUACUGCUAAAAUUUCAUCUAAUCCAAAAUCACGUUUAACUUGGUUCAAAAAUGGUCAACGUUUGUCAGCAUCUAGCAAAUAUGAAAUGUCAUAUACAAAUAAUUUGGCAACAUUACGUAUUAAAAACACUAAUUAUAGUGAUGCUGGUUACUAUACACUAUUGGCUGAAAAUACUCAAGGUUGUGUGGUUGCCUCUGCGGUUCUUGCAAUCGAACCAGCCCAUGAAGGUAGCACUGACCCAAGACCUGUAGAUUAUAUGGCUGAGCAAGCAGAAUCUGGUAAAUCUUUACAACCAAAUUUCGUAAAAAUGAUUCAAAAUGCAGAAACAACUGAAGGUAAAAUGGCUAGGUUUGAUUGUAGAGUGACUGGCAAGCCGUACCCAGACGUGUUUUGGUUCAUAAAUGAUCGUCAAGUGUACGAUGAUAAUACCCACAAAAUUUUGGUAAAUGAAUCAGGAAGCCACUCAUUAAUGAUUACUGCCACAAGUCGUUAUGACGCUGGUGUAGUAAAAUGCUUAGCUCGGAAUAAAGCUGGCGAAGUUCUUUGUCAAGCUCAAUUAAAUGUUUUAGAAAAAGAACAAGUUAUAGCACCCCAAUUUGUACAGAGAUUUAAUACUUUAACAGUACGUGAGGGUGAACCAGUUGUUUUAUCUGCACGUGCAAUAGGUACACCAAUUCCAAGGUUGAGUUGGCAAAAAGAUGGUGUUGUUAUUAGUGCUACACCAAAUCGUCAUAUUAGUGUUGACGGGACCGACACGUGUCUCGAAAUCCCAAGAGCAUCUGCGCACGAUUCUGGUUGGUAUCAAUGUAAUGCACAAAAUAUUGCCGGUUCAACUGCUACACGAGCACGUUUGUAUGUUGAAGUGCCUCAGCAAGCAGCUUACGAACAAAAACGCUUGCAUUUACCGAGACCAACAAAGGUUAUCGAACCUGAGUUAGAACCUGGGCCAGAAGUUAUAUAUCUUCGACAUGUUGAACGACCUAGACCUCAUACAAGACCUGGAGAGGAAGAUAGAAUAUACCCACCACCACAAUUCAUAGUUCCAUUACAUGAUGUUAAAGCGACUGAAGGUGGAAAAGUACAUUUAGAAGCAAGAAUUGAACCAGUCGGGGAUCCCAAUAUGAUUGUUGAAUGGUUCUUUAAUGGAAUGCCUUUGUCUGCAAGCUCACGUUCAACUGCAGUAUUUAAAUUUGGAUUUAUUUCACUUGACAUAAUUAGCAUAAUUUCACAUGAUGCUGGUGAAUAUGUCUGCAGAGUACGUAAUGCAGCAGGUAUGGCUGAGUCGAGAGCUAUCCUAACAAUAAGUGAAAGAGCUGGAAUUGAAAGAUAUACUCAACAUCCUCAAAGUUUAGAACAAAUUCAACAAUUGGAAGACUAUUCCAAAUAUCAACGUCACGAGAGCGUAGAAGAAUCAUGUAAUCAAAGACCUGUUUUUAUAAAACCUUUAAAAGAUUUAGGAGAAGUAGAAGAGGGGCGUAAUGCUCACUUUGAAGCUCAACUAACUCCAGUUAGUGAUCCUACAAUGCGUGUAGAAUGGUAUAAAGAUGGCCGACCAAUAACAGCAAGUUCUCGAAUCACUGCGGUCUUCAACUUCGGAUAUGUCUCCCUUAAUAUAAUGCACCUACGGGCUGAAGACGCUGGUUCGUAUACCGUACGAGCUGUUAAUAAAUUGGGUGAAGCUAUCUCUACGGGUAAAAUAAAAAUAUUUACAAGAAGUACUGUAACUGGAGAUUUAGGUAUACCUGAACAAGUUCAAUAUAUUGAAAAUGUAGAACAUUUAGAAGCUCAGCGACGAAGCAAACAACAAAAGUUUGUACAGGAAGCACCACAGUGCACAUCUCCACCUGUAUUUAAGGUACCAAUAAAGGAUCAGGUCAAUAUUCAAGAAGGUGGUCAUGCUCAUUUCGAAGCGCGUUUAGAACCGGUGGGUGAUUCCACUAUGAGAAUCGAAUGGUAUAAAGAUGGUAUGCCCUUGGAGGCAAGUUCAAGAAGCACAACAUUCUUUAAUUUUGGAUAUGUUGCUCUCACUAUCAGACAAUUAACAGUGCAUGAUAGAGGAACAUAUUCCUGCCGCGCUAUUAACGCUAAAGGUGAAGCCAUUACAAAUGCUAAUUUGCACGUAAUUUCAAAAGAUGACAUCGUCUACGAUGCUCAGCAUGCACAAGCUUAUGAGCAAAUUAGGAGUUUAGAGGAUUCUUCAAGGUACAGUGCUUCUAGAACUGUAACUGAAACUGAGAAAGUAUCAACCACACAACCAAAAUUCCUAGGACCAUUGAAAGGAACCACUAAAAUUUGCGAGGGUCAACGUGCUCACUUUGAGGCUCGCCUUGAGCCCCAAAACGAUUCUGAUAUUCAAAUUGAAUGGUAUCAUAAUAAUCAACCUCUUAUGUCUGCCAAUAGAAUUCAAACUUAUUGUAACUUUGGUUAUGUCGCUUUGGAUAUUUCACAAAUUCGUGCAGAAGAUGCCGGUACAUAUACCGUAGUGGCACGAAAUAAACUUGGCGAGGCGCACGUUUCUGCUACCAUGGUUGUGGAAACUCGUACAAGUGUUGACACAACCAGCAUGCAUAGAGGUCUUUACGAAAAAACACAAAGAAUGGAAACCAGCUCGUUUAUUGAACCACAAUAUGAUAUUCAAGAAAUAUCAAAGUCAAAACCAAUUUUCGUGCAACCGCUAUCUGAUCCAAAACCUAUUCAUGAAGGCAAAAAUCUACACUUGGAGUGCCGACUAGAGCCUAUGGGUGAUCCUACUAUGAGAGUUGAGUGGUUCCAAAAUGGAAGGCCAAUUAUAAUUGGGUCGCGGUUUAAAACGUAUCAUGACUUUGGUUUUGUUGCAUUAGACAUAGUGCAGGCUACUUCGCUAGAUUCUGGUGAAUAUACUGUAAGAGCGACAAAUCAUUUAGGAUCAGCUCACACAUCAGCUUGUGUUAGAAUUAUAAGUAAGUCUGACGUAGUUACUGAAUCCCAAAAUGAGUAUGCCUUAGAGCAAAUUGAAAUGUUAGAGGCUUCAAAACGCCAACGGGAAGUGCAAGAAGAUCUAACUAUAAUGAGUCCUCCACAAUUUACUCGUCCACUUCAUAAUAUAGAAACAGUUGAAGGAACCAAUAUUCAUUUGGAAUGUCGCCUGCAACCCGUUGGUGACCCCUCAAUGCAUAUUGAUUGGUUUGUUAAUGGUCAUCCCAUUAAAACUGGACACCGUUUCCGCCCAGCAUAUGAAUUUGAUUAUGUUGCUUUAGAUUUGCUAGGCGUUUAUGCAAGCGAUUCUGGGGUUUAUACAUGCCAAGCUCGAAACCAACUUGGAGAAGCCGUUACAUCAUGUUCAGUAAGAAUUAUAGCUAAGAGUGAUUUAUUGCUUGACACUCAAAAUAAAUCAGGUUUGGAAAAAAUUCAAUCAUUAGAAGACACAUCACGUUACAAACGUAGUGAAUACGUAGAUGAAUUUGUAAAUAUUAAACCGAGGUUUGUAACACAACCGAAAAGUUUAGGAAAUCUACGCGAAGGCCAACAUGCUCACUUUGAAUGCAAAAUUGAACCAGUUACUGAUCCAAAUUUGAAAGUGGAAUGGUUGAAAGAUGGUUAUCCUAUAACGGUAGGACAUCGCUUUAGACCUAUACAUGAUUUUGGAUACGUCGCUCUUGAUAUUUUUGACUUAAUAUCAGAGGACUCUGGCACAUAUACUUGUAGGGCUGUUAAUUUAGUUGGGGCUGAUGAAACUCAUUGCCAGUUAGCUUGUGUAAGCAGUGAUCAAAUUGUUACUGUAACUCAAAAUGAAGCAGGUAUGAGUAAAAUUCACCACCUGGAAGAUAAAUCUAGGUAUCGGCGUGUUGAAGAAUAUGAAGAAACUACAAAACAAGCUCCUAUAUUCACAACUUCUCUGAAAAAUGUUGAAAUAAAAGAAGGACAAAGAGCUCAUUUCGAAUGUCGUUUAAUUCCAGUUUCUGAUCCCACAAUGAAAGUAGAGUGGUAUCAUAACAAUGUGCCUUUAAAAUCGGGAUCUAGAUUUACAGAAACUAACAAUUUCGGUUUUGUAGCCUUGGAUAUCAUGGCAUGUCUACCUGAAGAUUCUGGUACUUACACAUGCCGAGCAAUCAAUGCCUGUGGUGAAGCCAUAACAUCUGCAGUUGCCGCUGUUCAUACUAAGAAGGCAAUUUAUAUGGAAUCCCAGCAUGAAGGGGCUUUGCAUCGUCUACAUCAUCUUGAGAGUACAACAAAGACGAAUAGAAUUAGCGCAACAGAAGAAACUAUUACCCAAGCUCCUGUCUUUACAAUGCCCCUUCGGGAUGUGAAAGUAGCAGAAAACCAAGCUGUUCAUUUCGAAGCUCGUCUUAUUCCAGUUGGAGAUCCUAAUCUUAAAGUUGAAUGGUUACGUAACGGUAUGCCUAUUGAGGCAUCUAAUCGUUUAACUACAAUGCAUGAUUUUGGUUAUGUGGCUCUAAAUAUGAAAUACGUUAAUCCAGAAGAUUCAGGUACUUAUACUUGCAGAGCUAUUAACAGUUUAGGGCAAGCCGUAACAUCUUCUGCGUUGAUUGUCCAAUCUAAAGAAGCUCUGCAGCUUGAAACUCAAAAUGAAGCAGCAUUAAUGAAGAUUCAUCAAUUGGAGGAUCAUUCACACUUACGACGAAGAGAAGAAGAGGAAUAUGUCAUUACUCGAGCACCGCAAUUUGUUACUCAACUUACUGGGCCUACGAAUUUAAUAGAAGGAAAGAGCGCUCAUUAUGAAUGUAGAAUAGAACCAUAUCCAGAUCCUAAUCUCAAAGUAGAAUGGUUCCAUAAUGACAAACCUUUAGGUAUGGGUCAUAGAUUUAGAACUACUUAUGAUUUCGGUUUUGCCGCUUUGGAUAUUUUAACCGUUUACGCUGAGGAUAGAGGUACAUACACUUGUAAAGUGACAAACAAACUUGGACAAGCUGUAUCAUCUAUAAAUCUUAAUGUCCAAACUAGAGAAUCUAUAAUCAUGGAAACACAACACGAAGGUGCCCUAGAAAAAUUACAUUCUUUGGAAGAUUCCUCACGUUAUGCUGUUAGAAGGGAAGAAGAGCACUACGUGGCGGAAAUGCCGCACUUUGGAAAACCUUUGCGUAAUGCAAGUGGUCCCGAAGGUAGUAACAUUCAUUUGGAAGCUACCCUUGUACCAGUUAAUGAUCCUACAAUGAAAGUAGAAUGGUACUGCAACGGUCGUCCAAUUCAAGUAGGACACCGUUUCAAACAAACUUACGAUUUCGGAUUUGUUGCUUUGGAUAUUUUAUAUGCUUACGCCGAAGAUUCAGGUACUUACAUGUGCAAAGCAAGGAAUGCUGUUGGUGAAGCCGUUACAACUUGUGCUGUAAACGUCACAGCAAAUGCUGGCAUACAGUCUGAAACCCUCGAUGAGCAACGUUUGAAUAAAAUAAGACAGUUGGAAGCAUAUGAACCACCAAAGAAGGCAGAAGCUGAAGAAAGGGGUCAAAAACCAGUUUUCCUAACACCUCUGACUAGUUUGGAACACUUAAAAGAAGGUGAUCAUGCCCAUUUGGAAUGUAGAGUUGAACCUAUAAAUGAUCCAAACUUGAAGAUUGAAUGGUUUAUAAAUGGAAAAGCUAUUCGUGCUGGACAUAGAUUCAGAACUACUCAUGAUUUUGGAUAUGUUGCUCUGGAUAUUCUUUACGUGUACGGUGAAGAUACCGGAACAUAUAUGUGCAAAGCCACUAACUUGCUAGGUGAAGCCAUGAAUACAUGUAAUGUUCGUGUAUUAAACCGAAGAAGUAUGAUUUUGGAUACUCACCAUCCUGACGCCUUAGAAAAAAUUCAAAAGUUGGAAUCUAGGCAUCAAGUUGCUCGUCAAGUUUCUGAAGAACUACCAACAGGACCACCUGCUUUUACAACUCAAUUGCGUGGAACUACCGAAAUCAAUGAAGGACAAAAUGCCCACUUUGAAGCUCAAGUAACACCAGUUCAUGAUCCUAAUUUGCGAAUUGAAUUCUACCAUAAUGGAAAACCACUUCCAUCGGCAUCUCGAUUCCAUAUUACAUUUGACUUUGGUUACGUCGCUCUAGAUAUAUCUCACUGUGUUGCAGAAGACGCUGGCGAAUAUUCUGUGCGUGCUGUAAAUGCAUAUGGACAAGCAGUUUCCUCUAUUAAUCUCACCGUUCAUUCAAGAGGAACAAUCAUUGCUGAAACUCAGCAUCCAGAAGGUCUAGAGAAAAUUAGAAAAUUAGAACAACUACAACCUUCAAAAAGACCUGAAAUUGAAGAUGCGUAUACCAGACAGCGUCCUGUCUUUACUCAACCACUUCAAAACAUUGAUAAAAUACAAGAGCAUCAAAAUGCUCACUUUGAAUGUCGUUUGAUUCCCGUUGGGGAUCCUAAUUUAAGGGUUGAAUGGUACAGAAAUGAACAACUUAUUGAAGACAGUUCCAGAAUUUCUAAGCAACACGAUUUUGGAUAUGUAUCAUUAGAUAUAUCUAAAGUUCGUGCUGAAGAUCAAGGUGUAUAUAUGUGUCGUGCUAUUAAUCCACUGGGAGAAGCAGUAACAACUGCUUCAAUGACAAUUGCAACUGAAGCAGGUAUUCUUAUGGACACCCAACAUCCUGAAGGUAUGAAAAAGAUUAUGCAGUUGGAGAGACCACGGGAUGGCAAACCAGUUGAGGCAGAGCCCAUAUUUGAUAAACCUGUAUUUACUCAGCUUCUUACUGGACCUGCAGAAUUAUUUGAAGGGCAGCAUGCUCACUUUGAAGCUCGUGUUGUUCCUGUGGGAGAUCCAACACUUAAAUUUGAAUGGUAUGUUAAUGGUGUGGAGCUUAAAAUGGGAUCUAGGCUAAGAACUACACAAGAUUUUGGAUUUGUGACACUAGAUAUUGCCUCAUGUGUUGUUGAAGAUUCAGGCGUUUACACAUGUAGGGCUUACAACUUAUCUGGUGAAGCAGUUUCAUCCACUUCGUUUAAAGUAAAAUCUAAGUCAACAAUUGUUUGCGAACCAUUACUUCCAGAAUCAUGGGAAAAAAUUCAACAGAAAGAAGCUGCUAUGAAUCGUGUUCCAGAAAUGUUUGUUGAACAAGGUGUUCAACAACCACCAGUGUUCACUAAACAUUUGGAGAGUUAUGAUAAUCUCGUUGAAGGAAAGCAUGUUCAUUUGGAUGCUCAAGUUGAACCGAGAACAGAUCCUAAUUUGAAAGUAGAAUGGUUUAAAAAUGGCAUUUCUCUAACUACUGGAGCCCGUAUCCGUAGUACUUUUGACUUCGGUUUAGUAACAUUAUCUAUUAAUGGUUUAAGAUCUGAUGAUUCUGCCAUUUACACGUGCAGGGCAAGAAAUCUCUUAGGAGAAGCAGUUUCUACAUGCACUCUUAAAAUAGAUGAUCGCCAUUGGUUAAUGGCUGAUACUUUGCAUCCUGAAUCCUUAGCUCAAAUUGAUGCUUUGGAAACACCCAAAGUAUUCAAGAAAGAUGCACCAGAAAUUGUAUAUGAAUCACCAGUAUUUAUAUCCCAUUUGAAUAAUAUUGAAUGCAAAGAAGGAGAUAAGGUUCGGUUUGAGUGUAAUGUAGAACCGGCAAGAGAUCCAACAAUGAAAAUUGAGUGGUUCUGCAACGGAAAACCAAUUGAAGCAGCAGCCAAGUUCCAAGCAACUUACGAUUUUGGAUAUUGUUCAUUAGAUUUAAUUCAUUCAUAUGAAGAAAAUUCCGGUGUUUAUACAUGUAAAGCGACAAAUGCUCAUGGCACAGCAUCAACAUCAGGAACGUUAAAAUGUAUUAGCGGUAAGACAAUGAUUUUGGAAACUCAACAUCCUCAGGGCGAAGCUGGCCUGGAAGCUGUUCAAGAAGCUGAACAAGCCUUAGCUGAUAAAAGUAAAUUUAAAGGUUAUAAACCAGAAGAAAUAUUCGGCCCACCAGUUUGGACGGUACCUAUUCAACCUGAAUUCCAUCUGUCUGAAACACAACCAUUACACUUGGAAGGUCACGUAGAACCUAAAGAAGAUCCUAAUCUUAAAAUUGAAUGGUAUUUCAACGGCAAAUUAUUAUCACAUGGUUCACGAUUUAAAAUGUCCAAAGACUUUGGAUUUGUUACGUUAGAUUUAAUAGAAGUGUAUGAACGUGACCGUGGUAUUUACACAUGCAAGGCUUACAACAGAUCUGGCGAAGCAUUCACUUCUGCGGAAGUACAUUGUAUUGGCAAGGAAUCAAUUAUUGAUAAAACACAGCAUCCUAAGGGAACCGAAGGCUUGGAACAAAUUCAAGAUUUGGAAGAAUCAUUGCGAAGAACUGACGAAAAACCUGCGCAAGCUGAAGAUGGUCAAGCACCCAGAUUUACAACAGAAUUUGUAUCACUGCAAGAUAUUGGUGAAGGUGAAAUUGUUCACUUUGAAGCAAACCUCGUUCCUACAGGAGAUGACACUAUGGUUAUUGAAUGGUUCUUCAAUAGUAAAUACCUUGAGGCUAGUUCAAGAGUUCGUACAAUUUACGCUUUUGGCUUGGUAGCACUUGAAAUUCUCAGUACUAAGAUUGAAGAUUCUGGAACAUAUACAUGUGUCGCCAAAAAUAAAUGGGGUCGCACUGAACAAAGUGUUACUUUGGGUUGUAUUGAUAAAUCUAAAGGACAAAAACCAAAAUUCACAACACACAUUCAAAAUAUCUCAGGUCUUAAAGAUGGGCAAUCUGCUCACUUUGAGUGUACUCUGAUUCCAAUUAACGAUCCAGAACUUAAAGUUGAAUGGUAUCACAAUGGAAAACCACUCCGACACUCAAACCGUAUUAAACCAGUAUCAGAUUUUGGAUAUGUUUUGUUGGAUAUAGCUUACGUUCAAAAUCAUGAUAGUGGUGAGUAUGUCUGUCGGGCUUAUAAUAGAUAUGGUGAAGACUUUACUAGAGCUACACUGCAAUGUCAAGGAAGAUAUGGUGUAUUUUAUGAUAGUUUGCAACCUGAUUCCUUACCACGCAUUAUGGAACUUGAAAAUCAACCUCUUGACCAAAAACCAACGCCGGGAACACCUGUAGCUGAAGCACCAAGAUUUAUAACUGAAUUGGAAGAUAUCACAAAACUUACAGAAGGCCAAAGCGCGCACUUUGAAGCCCGUUUAACUCCUGUUACUGAUCCUGAUCUUAAAGUAGAAUGGUACUAUAAUGGCAAAAAGUUGCCUCAUGGACAUAAAUAUAGAACUUUCCAUGACUUUGGAAUUGUUAUUCUUGAUAUUCUAUAUUGUUAUGAAGAAAACUCUGGCAUUUACGAAUGUAGAGCCGUGAAUAAAUAUGGUGAAGCUGUAACAAAAGCAACUUUAAAAUGCUCCUCAAAAGCAAGCCUCAUUUUAGACUCCCAAUUGCCACGGGGUAUGGAAGGUGGUUUGGAAAGAAUUCAGACUUUAGAGGACUCAAUGGUACGCCAAACUGAGCAAGUUACAACAGAAGUAGUAGGAAAAGCACCAACAUUUACUAAACCGCUAUCAAAUAUUGAUAACAUUCGUGAAGGAGAAAACUGUCAUUUUGAAGCGCGACUGAUUCCAAUUGAUGAUCCAAAACUAAAAGUUGAAUGGUUCUGGAAUGGAAAACCAUUACGAGCUGGAACAAGAUUCCGAACAUUCUCUGAUUUCGGAUUUGUGAUUUUGGAAAUUUCUCCAGUUUAUCCUGAAGACUCUGGGGAAUAUUCAUGCAGAGCUACAAAUGAUUAUGGAGAAGCUGUAACUACAGCUACCAUGAAAAUUCAAGGCAAGAGAAGUAUAAUUUUCGAAUCACAGUUACCAAAAGGUAUGGAAGGUACUAUUGAUAGAAUCGCUCAAUUGGAAGGCCUUGGUGUUGUUAGAGAUAGUCAUAUAAUACCUGAUGAUGAUUCAGGAAAACCACCAGAGUUCAUAACGACACCAUCUGAUUUAUUGUUAUCAGAAAACGCUUUGGCACAUUUCGAAUGCCGAUUGCAACCUAUCAAUGAUCCAAGUAUGCGCGUUGAGUGGUUCCAUAAUGGUAAAGCAUUGUGGUCAGGAUCCCGCAUUAAAACAAUUAACGAUUUUGGAUUUGUGAUAUUGGAAAUUGCUGGCUGCUAUCAACGUGACUCAGGGCUAUAUACCUGUAAAGCAACCAACAGACAUGGAGAAGCCACUGUCUCAUGUAAACUACAGGUUAAAGGACGACAGGGUGUAAUUGUUGACCCACAACUACCUUCAAGUUACCGUUCAGGAACUGAAAGCAUUCAGAAACUUGAAGAAAGUAUGCACAAAAGAGAAGAAAUUCUUGCGGCAGAAGAAAAACCACAACCACCUGUAUUCAUUGAACAGAUUAAAGAUAUUUUGGAUGUUCCAGAAGGUGGACCAAUACAUUUUGACUGUAGAAUUGAACCAGUCAAUGAUCCUAGCAUGAGAAUUGAAUGGUUCCAUAAUGGAAGAUCUUUACCAGUCGGCUCUCGUGUUCAUAUGCUUAAUGAUUUUGGUUUUAUUGCCUUAGAUAUGGAUUAUAUAUAUGCUCGUGACACAGGAGAAUACAUGUGCAGAGCUACAAAUAAAUGGGGAUUCGCAACGACUACUGCUAAAGUAACAUGCAAAGCUAAACAUGGUAUUAUAUCCGAAUCUCAAUUACCACAUGGAAUGACUGCAGAAAAAUUGAAAGAUUUAGAACGUGGUCCAAUUCAGGCUGCUCCAGUACCAGAUAAAACCGAUUUUGGUCCUCCUAAAUUCAUAACCGAAAUAGCAUCAGUUCAAGUUGAGGAAGCUGAAGCUAUGAGAUUCGAAUGUCGCGUUGAACCAAAAGAAGAUCCAAAUCUUCGCAUAGAAUGGUACAGAAAUGGAAAACCUCUACCGUUGGGACAUAGAUAUCGCAAUGUUUAUGAUAUGGGAUAUGUUUCCCUUGACAUUCUUUAUGUAUAUGCGGAAGAUUCUGGCGAAUAUAUCUGUAGAGCUGUUAAUUUACAUGGAGAAGAUAAAACUGUAGCUAGAAUUUCAUGUAAACAACAACCAUCUAUUAUAUUACAAAAUCAAGUACCUCGAGGAAUGAAGAGAACUGAAACCUUAACUCAAAUGGAAGCCACAAUCAAAAAAUAUACAUCGGCUGUUCAUUUGACCGAAGAUGAUUUGUUUGAUCCAGAGAAACAACAACCACCACGGUUUGUUACUCAAAUACAAAGUCAAACUACAUUAGUGGAAAUGCAAUCCACGAAAUUCGAAUGCCAGUUAUCUCCAGUUGGUGAUCCAAAUAUGAAGGUUGAAUGGUUCCUUAAUGGAAAACCAUUGACAUACAAAACACGUCUUCAGCCAAUAUAUGAUUUUGGAUAUGUUGCAUUAAACUUCGGAUGGAUUUAUCCAGAAGAUAAUGGUGAAUACGUAUGUCGUGCAACAAAUCUUUAUGGUUUCGAUGAAACUAGAGCUAUUAUUAGAACCGCUGGAAAGCCUGGUAUAAUUUACGAUUCGCAACUACCAAAACACAUGAAGAGUAUCGAAAAGAUCCGAGAGAUGGAAGCUGCUUGGCAAGCAGUUCCAGAAAGUGGCGUUGAUGAUAAGAAACAACCAGCUCCACCUACAUUUGUUAGUAAACCUGAACCACAAGUUGUACAGGAAGGUGAGUGUGCCAGAUUUUGCUGCCGCGUUACCGGUCAUCCACGUCCACGUGUUAUGUGGUUAAUAAAUGGACACACAGUUGUUCAUGGCAUGCGAUACAAAUUAACAAAUGAUGGCAUGUACCAUUUGGAUAUACCAAAAACUAGACAAUACGAUACCGGUAAAAUUGAAGUAGUUGCACGCAGUGCAGCUGGAGAAGCUUUAGCCAGCACUGAACUUAAAGUUGUUCCACGAUCAGAUGACUAUCGUAAUGUACUUAAGAAUGCUCCACGUCCUUGGUAUGAUGAACAACAAAGGUUAGAAGAAAGCACUGAACUAACAAAAGUUAUGGAAGAACGCAAGCAACAAAUGGCAAAACAAACAACUCAAUUCCGUGGGGUCGAAUUCAAACCAAAGGGGCCUAAACAAGAUGAAGAAACCGAAUGGCAGCGUUUGGUACAAGCUAAAAAGAGUGAAGAUUAUUAUAAUAAACUUUCCGUUUUGGAACAAGAACAAUUGCUCAAAGAAACAAAAAUGAGAGAAGAUACACAUCAAGCAAUUGUCCCUGGAAAACGUAUAGCUAUUGAUUCAGCAAAAGGACUUGCUUCUAAUUACGAAGAAACUUUGCAAGAAAGUGAAGAUUCACGAAUGCAACGAACAACACAACAAAGAUUAAUUCAAAAGCAACCGAUACAACCAUCUGAAUCAUCGGUUCAUGGCCGUGAAGUGUAUACCCAAAAACAAAAACAGACACAAAAAGAAGUUCAUGGUGAUGUUGAAAUAACUAGAAAUAUUGUUUCAACUGAAACAACUGAAGUUGAACAUAGAGGAACUACAACAGAACGUAUGGUAGAAGGACAAGUAGCACCAUCUAAGCCACCAUUCUUUACGAAAAAAAUUCAACCAUGCCGCGUUUUCGAAAAUGAACCAGCUAGAUUUGAAGUUGAAUAUGAUGGUUCACCAGAACCAGUAAUUAAAUGGUAUCGUGAGAACUUCUUAAUUAGAAAUUCGCCAGAUUUCCAAAUCACAACCUUCAAAGGUAAAUCUAUCUUACAAAUUCGUCAAGUAUUUGUAGAAGAUUCAGCUGUUUUUGCUUGUAUUGCUGAAAAUCGCGGAGGCACUGCUAAAUGUAGUGCAAAUUUAGUUGUUGAAGAACGUCGUCGUCAAGGCAGAGGUGGAGCAUCACCACCAAGCUUCCAUCAAACAAUUCAAAAUACAACAGUUCCAACUGGACAAUUAGCUCGUUUCGAUGCUAAAGUUGUUGGUACUAAACCAUUAGAUGUUUAUUGGUUAAAGAAUGGUCAAAAGAUUCAGCCUAAUAUUAAAUAUAAAAUGCUAGAAGAAGAUAAUCUCUAUACGUUAUUGAUUAUUGAAACUCAUGUUGAAGAUGCUGGUCGAUACGAAUGUGUUGCUGUUAAUCAUGCUGGUGAGGCACGUUGCGAUGCUGAAUGUUUUGUUCAAGCACAAUCAAAACCACAACCAAAAUCGACUACACCCGGCACAGAAAAAGCUCCAGUUUUAGUAGAACCAUUGAAGUCACAAAAUGCUACUGAAGGACAUCCAGUUAUUUUCAAAUGUAGAUGUGUUGGUAAACCAACUCCAACAGCACAAUGGUUUAGAGGUGAUAAUAUUAUUAAACAAUCAAGAUAUUUCCAAAUGGUUCGUGAAGGAGAAUAUUACAAUUUGAGAAUUUCUGAAGCUUUCCCAGAAGAUGAGGGCACAUAUAAAUGUGUGCUUUCUAAUAAGUUGGGUACGGUUCAAACACAAGGAACGUUGAAAGUGUCUGUUGAACAAUCGCAAGAUGGUCCGCCAAGUAUAACAGCAUUGAAAGAUGUUUCAGUUCUUGAAGGUAUGCCUGCACAAUUUAAAACAACUAUUAGUGGAAAAGUUAAAGCUACAAGUGUACAAUGGUACAGAGAAGGAGCUUUAAUACCUGAAACACCAGAUUUCCAGAUGGUGUUUGAUGGACAAUCUGCAGUUUUAUUAAUUGGAACAACAUACGAAGAAGAUUCUGGUAUAUUUACUGUCAAAGUAACAUCUGCAACAGGACAAGUUGAAUCCUCAGCUAAGUUGACUGUCAAAAGUAAGGACUAAAAAAAAAUAUAGUCAAUUUUAAAGACUUAUUAAACACACGCAAACUUUUUGAGUAAAUAUUUGUAAUUUAUUAAAAAAAUAAGCAAAAAAUAUAUUUAAAGUUAUAAGUAAAAGGUAACGUUUGUGCAAAUAAAUUUUUUUAUUAGUUUAUUUUUUUUUUUUUUUGGUACAAAAUAAAAUCCCACUUCUAAUAAGCUUAACAUCGUUUAUUAGUUACUAUCUAGUAAAAUUAAUACUAUCACUUGAUAAAUAUUUGAAAAAAGUAAGAACUAAAUAAUAAAAACAAACUUAGAUAUAAAUAAAUUAAAUCAAAAGAAAGAUUUUUUAAAAUCAAAUGCUGCCUUAACCUCACAUUUAAUAUUGGUGUUGCCAUCAAUUUUGUUAUAAUGCAGUUAAUUUUUUUUUGUAAUUAAAGUUGUUGUUGAUGCUAUCUAAAUAUUUUUUAAAACAUACAACAAGCAAAACAGGAAAACAAUUUAUUUUUGUUAAAUGAUUUUCAUUCACUUAAUAUAUUAAUUAAAUUAAUUUUUGUUUUACUUGAUUAAUAUGAUGUUAUUAGAUUUGUUUUUAUGUAGUAAAUUACACAAAUAUUAGUUAUAUUAUUAAAUAUAUUGUCUUUUUUUGUAUUAAAUCAUAUAUUUAAAUUAAGUCAAAUGAAAUUUACUUUAGAUUUUUAAUUUUUCUAUGAAAACAUUUUAUAAGUAUUCGCACAAUAUGAAUUAUUUGGUAGUAAAUUUCUCUCAAGUAUAUAAAAAAAUAAAACUUCAUCAAGUAAUAUUUAAUUUUUUAUAUAUUUCAUUUACUAUUAAAAUUCAUUCUUUAAGUAGUUUUAAUAUUAUUUCAAGAUAACAUUGUUAACCACUUUCUUUUUCCUCCAAUAAGUUAUCCAUAUAAAUUUUUAAUAUUAAAAUUAAUUUUAAAAUUUGAUUUUUUUAUAACACUUUACUCAUUAGACGUAAUUUUUGAACGAAAUUCUGAAAAACUUUUAUAAUUUUCGAAAAAAAUGCUAUUUUUUUCAUAAAUUUAAAAGACUGUUUUGAAAUUGUAUUUAAUCAUUUCAUAUUUUUCUCAAUAAUAACAAUGUUAUUUACAGAAAAUAUUGAUGAUUAGAGCUACUCGUGAACUUUUUAUAGAAUUCGGAGUUUACACAUAAUAUAAACAAAUCUUGGGGGCUUUAAUUCUCCUUAAUUCUUUAAUAACAAAAUUCUGAAAUAAAAAAAUUGUUUUAAUUAAUAUUAAGUGGAGUGCAAUUAUUAUUAUAAAUAUAAAUAAUAAAAACAAAAAUAAAAUCAACUAAAUUAAAAUUUCGAUUAUAAAGUAAAAUUAAUGUUUUAAAUUUAUGUUUUAAAAACUUGAAGAAACAAAAAAAAAACGAAAUUCAAGAACAUACAAACUGCCAUAUUAGAAGAAAUGAAUUCUUUUUUAAAUUACCAUGUACAAAAUAAAAUUUAUUAUUGCAUAUAGUGCGGGAUAUUUGAAUUUGAGAACCGAAAAUAAAAAAUUUUUUUUUGCACAAAUGUUUUUUUUAUAUAAAUAUAUUUCUGUCAACCACUAUAUAUAUUAUGCAUACAAAAUAUAUUAUCCUUUGAUUUAAAAAAAAAAUAUAUAUAUAUACUUAUAUAUAGAAAACAAUAUAGGUAAUAAAGAUUAUUUGAAUAAAAACAAAAAAAAAAACGAGGAUUUACUAAAGAUGUAAAAGAAAUUUGUUUUUGAAAAAAAAAAAAAAAAAAACUUUUUCAUCAAAAUAUUUUUCUGUGUUGCAUGAGAGUUUAUUUUGAUUUGAUUGCUUUUUUACUAUGUCACAACAAAUAUUCGUUAUAUACUAAUGUUUUAAUAGAAAACAAGAAAACAAAAACAAAACAAAAUAUUAAACGGUUAGCUAAGUUAAAUAGGGGAGGGAACCUUAAAUAAUUUUUUAAAUAUUUUUUUUUAUUUUUGUAGAUUUUUUUUGUUUUUAUUUAAUUUUAUGCAUUUUUUAUUCAAUUUCAAUUCAAGUAUUAGAUAUCCGUGGCAUUCAAGCGGAAUUUAAAGAAAUAAAAAUAUUUAAUUAGUUCUUUUCCGUUUUAAAGUCUAAGUUUUCUUUUUUUUUUAAUUUCAUAAUUGUUUUUUUUUAUUUAUUUUUGGUUUAAAUUUUUUUUUUUGAGAGUAGAGUAAAUUUAGAAGAAAAAAAAACUAGUUAAAAAAAAUUUUGGUGUUUUGUUUUUUUUUUUUAUAUAAUUUUAUUUUUGUUUAGUAGAAUCGCUUUUAUUAAAAUAAAUGCUCAUGCGACUUGUUAACUUAUAUAAUCUUUGACAUUUUUUAAUAUAUAAAACAAUUAUAUUCAUGCUUUUCUUC